CGUCCACCUCUUCCUGCUGCUCUCAAUCUCAUCGACUGGCCACGCCACGCUACGCUGAGAAUCACUUCCUUUCCUUCCUCUUUCAACCAACUCCCUUCUCUAGUCAUUGCAGUAGCGAUAGAAGCCGGCGGACUGCAAAGCUCGCUCGCAUCUUUGAAGACGAAACCUUGUUGCUAGACGACAGAUACACACGGCAGUACGCUCCCACCUCCCACCACCACACGCACGCACACACGCUCUCUCUUUCACCGACAUCGCCAUGUCCUCGACCAAAGUAGACACACUCGUCAUCGGAGCAGGCCCCACUGGUCUUGGUGCCGCUAAGCGUCUUCACCAGCUCCACUCGACGGGCGCCGCUUCCUCCUCAUCCUCGGAGCCUUGGCUGCUCAUCGACUCGUCAGACGAGGCAGGUGGUCUCGCCUCAACGGACGUCACUCAGGAGGGCUUCCUCUUCGAUGUUGGAGGACACGUCAUCUUCUCGCACUACGCCUACUUCGACGAUGCGAUCAAGGAGGCUCUGCCCAAGGACGACGACUGGUUUGAGCUCCAGCGCGUCUCUUACGUGCGAUCCAAGAACGUUUGGGUGCCCUACCCGUACCAGAACAACAUCUCGGUCCUUCCCGUCGAAGACCAGUGCAAGGCCAUCGAUGGCAUGAUCGACGCCGCCGAGGAGCGCGUCCGAGCCAAGGAUCCCCCUCAGAACUUCGACGAGUGGAUCAUGAGGAUGAUGGGCAAGGGGAUCGCCGACCUCUUCAUGCGCCCUUACAACUUCAAGGUCUGGGCCUACCCAACUACCGCCAUGCAGUGCAAGUGGCUCGGUGAGCGAGUUGCCGCCCCUUCUCUCAAGCUCGUCGUUUCCAACACCCUCAACAAGAAGGUCGCCGGCAACUGGGGCCCCAACGCCACGUUCAAGUUCCCCGCCCACGGCGGUACCGGAGGCAUCUGGAAGGCAGUCGCAAAGACGCUGCCCCAGAACAAGCUCCAGUUCCAGAAGAAGGUAGUCAAGGUCGACGCUGGUGAGAAGAAGGUUCAUCUUCAGGACGGCAGCACCAUCGAGUACCAGCACCUCAUCAGCACGAUGGGCGUCGACUACCUCCUCGAGAACAUGAUCGUCCCUAGCGCCGAUGCUGCUCUUCACAAGCAGAUGCAGGCGGCCGCCAAGGAAGGCUUGAUCUACUCGUCCACUCACGUCAUCGGCAUUGGAAUUCGCGGCACCCUUCCUCCGCGCAUCGGCGACAAGUGCUGGCUCUACUUCCCUGAGGACGACUGCCCCUUCUACCGCGCAACCGUCUUCUCCAACUACUCUCCCAACAACUGCCCGCAGGCAGACGUCUCACUCCCUACGCUCCAGUACGCCGACCAGUCCAAGGGCAAGCCCGACUCGUCCGCCCGCCCUGGCCCUUAUUGGUCCCUGAUGAUGGAGGUAUCCGAGUCGACGGCCAAGCCUGUCAACUACGAGACCUUGCUCCAAGAGACGAUCAAGGGUUGCGUGAACACGGAGCUCUGCAAGCCCGAAGACGAGAUCGUGUCCGUCUACCACCGCAAGUUCGAGCCGGGAUACCCUACUCCUUCGCUCGGCCGCGAUGCGGCGCUCAAGGACAUUCUGCCCGCUCUGUGCGACAAGUACGGCAUCCUGUCGCGUGGACGCUUCGGUAGCUGGAAGUAUGAGGUGGGCAACCAGGACCACUCGUUUGAGCUUGGUGUCGAGGCUGUCGACAGGGCCCUGUACGGUAGCCCGGAGAUUACGCUCGACUCGCCGGACUAUGUCAAUGGGAGGAUCAACACGGAGAGGAGGUUGACUUUCGCCAAGUAAGAGCACGGUGAUGAUGGAUGAUGGAGUGAAGAGGCAGAGAGGGAGCAAUGGCUCAGCGGAGCCCUUCGAUCACUCCUGUGAAUAGCUCGUGUACAUAGCCUUCCACUCUGUCCCCUCUCUCUCUAAACUCCCCCUUGGCGACGCAACCCCAUCCUUCAUGCUAGCAAAUACAGCUGUUCCCUUUUGCGAGCCGCAUGAGGCUGAAGAUAUUGGACACGUGAGCGCAAGGCAAGCAUCUUGUUCGCAGGCAUGAGUGAAAAGGGCUGGGUAGAAGAUGCUGCUGAUUGAACGGGCACGAGAGUCGAGAUGGCGGUGAAGAGAAGAGAGGGUACCGAGCAAAGCUUGCCGUUGCUGCCACUGCUGCAGU